CGAUCGCACGGCCUGUCCUGCACUGGCUGCCGCAACCGCCCCGCUGCAAUGCCUCGAGACGCCGAGAAAGCUCGGGCGGCCCUGGGCUCCUCCGUCGGUGUGGAUCUCGACUGGUCGUCGUUCCGCACCAUCGCAUCGCUCUGGGGCCAAUACGGGUUCUGCGCCCGCAUCCGUGAUCGUGCCCGGCAACAGAGCUUCGUUCUCAAGCACAUUUCGCCGCCAGCGCCGUCGACCGGGUCGGUCUCGCACGAGCGAAAGCUGAAGUCGUACCUGAACGAGCUGAGAUUCUACCGGCUCUACGCCAAGACCAUCACGGCCGAGACAGGGCUUGCCUUGCCCGAGCCAUACUUCUUGUCCAGCACGGAGAGCCUCAAAUCAAGCGGCACCUUCGAAGCCACACUGCUGCUGAGCGACCUGAGCGAGUCCUUUCCACUGCGGGCGCCUCCACAUCUCCCGCUCGAUUACGCCUUGGCAGGCUUGAGGUGGCUCGCUCAGUUCCAUGCCUUCUUCUGGGAGAGCGAUUCGGAAAGCCAAGGCGAGCUUGCGCCGAUUGGCUCCUAUUGGUAUCUCACCACCCGGUGGGCCGAGUUUGAGGAGAUAGAUACAGAUGAAUGGCCACACUUUUCCAGGGAGUUUGCCGAGCGCCUGCACAAUCGGCUGCUGGGUUUUCCACGGGGCGAUCUGAGCCUCCGCAAGUCAUACAUGGAGAAAGGCCGCUCUCCGAGCUACCAAGCUUCCGCCUACGAUUUCCAGUACACCGGAUAUGGAUAUGGUGCUGUCGAUAUUGCGUACUUGAUGACAUCGAGCGUCUCUCUGGCGACGCUCCAGGGACAAGGCGAAUCGCAGCUGCUCGACUUUUAUCACGAUCAACUCACCCAUCUGCUGGGCCAUCGCUGCCGCGGCUACGAUCGCAGUGUUCUGCAGCUGCACUAUGAGCUUGCACUCGUGGACUAUGUCCGGUUCAUGGCUGGAUGGGGCUUGUGGGGAAAUAGCUCAUGGGCAAGACACAGGGUCGAUGAGAUCAUGGGCAUCUGGAGCUGUGAUGGCGGUGUGCGAAACGACAGAAAUAUACUGCAUGUAUUGGGCGGGUGCACACGAGCGGCUUCCCGUCGAUUCACAGUCGUCGCCGCUGUCGCUGGCAGUGGAAGGUAA